CCCGCUCAUUUUUUGAGGCACGUUUCACUUUAGGAAAAGUUAAAUCGACAAAGUUGCGGAGAAGUGUGUUUUUAACUUCUCAUUUCUGUUCUAGUUGGCAAGUUGGAGGGUAGUUCCUUUGCUCUGUUGUUUUAUGGCUUUAAAAAGAAUUAAUAAGGAAUUGCAAGACCUUGGACGAGAUCCACCAGCUCAAUGUUCGGCUGGCCCUGUUGGCGAUGACUUGUUUCACUGGCAGGCUACAAUAAUGGGCCCGCCUGAUACACCGUUCCAGGGUGGCGUCUUCUUUUUGACUAUACAUUUCCCUACAGAUUAUCCAUUUAAACCGCCAAAGGUUGCUUUUACUACAAAAAUUUAUCAUCCUAAUAUAAAUAGUAAUGGUAGUAUUUGCCUGGAUAUAUUGCGUUCACAAUGGAGUCCUGCACUAACUAUUUCAAAAGUUCUUCUUUCAAUCUGCUCUUUGUUAAAUGAUCCAAAUCCUGACGACCCACUCGUACCAGAGGUUGCAAGACAAUACAAAACAGAUAGACAGAAAUACAACUCGAUGGCAUCAGAAUGGACAAGAAAAUAUGCCAUGUGACAGCAUCCUAUUGUGUUGCCCAAUCGAAGUUGUCUUCAAAAUAACAUAGACUUACAAAAAAAUGACAUUUAAAUUGUGGCCAUGCAGUGUUGUAUAAUUCUCUUGUAUUAUUUUUGAAUGAGUUCAAACAUCAAGGUUACUCAAACCUGCAAAUUUGUACACGUUACCCAAUUUUAUUGGGAUUGGGAUGAUUUUAGAAACGAGCAUUACAACCAAAUGUGGUAAAAUACCAGGUGUUUUGGUUUUUUGUAGUAACUUUGAUUUUUUUUCAGCAUUUCUUUUUAAUACAAUGUUCUUUUUUUCAGGAGCUGUAUGUCAAUUGUUUUUCAAUAACUCUGCAUUUAGCCACCAUAAGCAUGAAAUAGAAGUAGUGAAAUGUAAAUAAACUUUUUCACAGUUCAA